AUGAAGUCUUUCAUUCUCGCUGCCUCGGCUGCCACCGCCGUUGCUGGUCACAGCCUGCUUGACCUGGGCAUCGAUGUCCAUGUUGGCGAUCUCAUCAACAUCGGUGUUGGCCUCGACCUUCACCUGCCCGAGGGCCUUGCUCUCCCCGAAGCCGAUGCGGAUAAGCCCUCGUCUGGCCCUCCGGCCGGCUACGUUAACGUCUGGCACCCAUCGCACAGCGGCGUCAUGAUUGAUUCUUGCGAUGACGAAACCUCCGGUGCCUGGCACUGGGUUCACCCUUGCGGCGACAACUGCAAGACCGACCAGGCUUCACAGGUCUGGACCACGAGCACCGUCAGCGUCACCUCCAUCCACACCGUCAUCAGCUGUGCUCCCACCGUCACCAACUGCCCCGCCAACGGCCACCACAGCACCGUCACCACGGUCGUCAUCCCCGAGACCACUACCAUCUGCCCGGUUGAGGCUUCCAAGACCAAGACUGCUGGCUACACGGCUGCCCCCUCCACGGCGGCCUAUCCUCCCCCGGCAGCCUCCUCCCCGGCCUACUCUGCUCCUGUGCCGACCAACACCGCCGUCGUCACCCUGAGCACCCAGACUGCUCCGGCUUACAGUGCUCCGGCAUCUACCGGCCCUGCUGGCGGCGUUCCCACUGGCUCUGCCGGCUACCCGGCUCCCUCCGGCUCGGCCCCCGCCUCCAGCGCUCCUCCGGCUGAGUCGUCUCCUGCUGGCACCACUGCUCCCGCUUCUGCUCCCGCUUCUGCUCCCUACUCUCCUCCUGCUGCCUCUUCCGUCCCGGCUUACCCUGUGCCUGGCAACAGCUCUGCUCCCGCCUACACCCCUCCCUCCACCUCGGUCUACACUCCUCCCGUCCAGUCUCCCCCUGCUCCCGUCUACUCUGCCCCCGCUGCUUCUCCCUCCAGCCCUGCUGGUGGCUGCACCGAGGCCUACUGUGUUCCCCCUGCUGGAACUGCUCCUGGUGCUCCUCCCCCAGCUCCUACUGGCAACACCACCGUUCCCCCGGUCAGCGGUGCUGUCAGCCGCACUGAGGGCGUCAGCGUGGCCCUGUUCGCUGGUGUCAUUGCUGCUUUCUUCUUGUAA